CGGUAAUCAAUUUACCAUGUUAAAGCUACGCUGACAAGUUCAUUUCAGUUUUCCGCUGACAAUUUAUCAUAAAUGUUAAUAUUGGAUUAUUAAAAAAUUCUCAGUAAAAAAUAUACAUAAAUCAAUGGCAGAUAAAAAUGGAGAGAUUGUUAUGGACGCACUGCGCGCUCUGAACGGCCCGUCUACCCUCAGUUCUGUCGUAAGGCAAAUUGCCAAUCGUCACCAGGUGCAACCAUCAUAUAUCAAAGAACCCGUAAAAAUGGUCCUUGAAAAGGGUGUCGAAUUUGGCUUCAUUCAAAAGAAUGGUUUUCGAUAUAAGGCCGAUUUAAAUUAUGAUGACCCGGAGCCAGGCCCCGAGGGUAGUUUUCCUAACCCAGCAGAGGCAGGCGGACGACGUAGACGGAGAUCAUCAAGCCGCAAACGACGUUCACGGAGCCGUAGGCGAUCUAAAUCUCGCAGGCAUAGAUAAUAGUGGAGAAUCUGAUAUUUUGGUUCAAUGUACAUAUGUUGUGGACCAUAUUUUUUGGAGACGUUUGACUUUCGUUGUUUAAAAAAGGCAUAUCGCCACACUUAA